CGCAUUUUAUGCCUUUCUGUGCUAAUUGUACCUAAUAUUGCACCAGCUGAAUAGUUUUAUUCUAACAUAACACUUUCAGUUUUUACUUCAGUUGCAUUAGUCAUGGAUCGAAUAAGUUUUCGUAUCAAUUCUAAAACGUUUGCAGUUGGUAGCGAUGUGAAUGCAGAUGUGACCCUCGUUGAUUUCAUAAGAAAAAGGGCAGGACUAAAAGGCACCAAGUAUAUGUGCAGGGAAGGAGGUUGCGGUGCUUGCAUCGUAAAUGUUACAAUAGAUGGUGGCACUCCGAUGGCAGUGAAUUCUUGCAUGGUCUCAGUAUUGUCAUGCUUAAACUGGGAUGUUACCACAAUCGAAGGAAUAGGAAACAAGAAGGAAGGUUACCAUCCUAUUCAGACUGCCUUAGCGGAAAACAAUGGUAGUCAGUGCGGUUAUUGUUCUCCGGGAUGGGUGAUGGCUAUGUAUAGCUUAAAGGAAAGCAAGGAGAAUCUCAGUAUGCUAGAAAUAGAAAAGUCGUUUGCUAGUAAUGUCUGCCGAUGUACUGGUUAUCGUCCAAUCUUGGAAGCUUUUAAAACAUUCGGUAGUGAUGCAUGCAAAUUUCAAGACAUUGAUAUUGAAGACGUCGCAAAUUGUAAGGAGAUGAAAAUUUCUUGUAAUUUAAGUAGCUGCAGUAAUAAUGAUUGGUGUAUCGUGACGAAGAAAGAUAUCGACUCUCAGACCAAAAAAAUUGUAUUAGAUGAUGGAAAAGUUUGGUUUAGAGUGGAACAAUUGAAAGAUGUCUUUGAUAUUUUUAAAACACAAGGCGUUGAUUCUUAUAUGUUAGUAGCAGGAAAUACAGCCAAAGGCGCAUACCCUAUUGAAGAAUAUCCCCGUUGUCUAAUAGAUAUAAAUGGUAUCUCAGAAUUGAAAAAAUGCGUAGUCGAUCAAAAUUUAUUCAUUGGCGCUGGAACAACUCUUACUGAAUUAAAAAAUAUUUUUAAAUUAAAGUCGCAACAAGAUGACUUUAGUUACUUAAAAGUAUUGAACGACCACUUAAAUUUAGUAGCCAAUAUACCCAUAAAAAAUAUUGGUACUAUUGGAGGCAAUUUAAUGAUAAAACAUCAGCAUAAUGACUUUCCAUCAGACAUAUUUCUUUUGUUUGAGACAGUAGGUGCACUGUUAACCAUAAAUUUCGAUGAGACAACUAAGAAAACUGUGUCAAUGCAACAAUUCUUGCGGUUAAACAUGAGGGGAAAAAUUAUUCUGGGUGCUAUCUUGCCACCGCAGAAUAAUGACUACAAAUGUGUGACAUAUAAAAUAAUGCCAAAGGCACAAAAUGCACAUGCCAUAGUGAAUGCUGGUUUUCUAUUCAAAUAUAACACUAAAGAUAAUGUAGUUAGAUCAGCAAGAAUUGUAUAUGGUGGACUUUCACCAUAUUUUAUAAGAUCAAAUUCUGCAGAAAAAUUUUUGAUGGGAAAAAUAUUAUUUCAAAAUCAAACCCUUCAAUCAGUCAUAGGCAUUUUAGAUAAAGAGCUUAUAGUCACCGAAGAUCUACCUCAACCGCCUUCAUCGUAUCGGAAACAGUUGGCUAUAUCUUUAUUUUAUAAGAGUUUACUGUCUUUAUGCCCAACAUCCUAUAUCAAUCCGCGGUUUCGUUCAGCAGCAAUCCGGCUAAACGAGAUGCGGCCUUUGUCAACUGGCCACCAGGAAUACACGACUUUCCCUUCUCUGUACCCUUUGAAUCAACCAUUACCAAAAAUUGAGGCAUUGGCUCAAUGCGCAGGAGAAGCCAUGUAUACAGACGAUGGUCCAGAGCUUGCAAAUGAAGUACAUGCAGCAUUUGUACUCAGUACUAUAGCCAAGGGAAAAAUAAACUCCAUCGACAGUUCAAAAGCUUUGAGCCAGCCAGGAGUUAUUGCCUUUUAUACGGCUAAAGAUAUACCAGGUUUAAAUUCAUUUAUUGUUAAGGAAGAUCCUACAAAUUCAGCUAAUGAAGAAGUAUUAUGUAGUGGAAAUGUAAAUUAUUACAAUCAACCUAUAGGUAUUAUAGUAGCUGAAACACAAAAAAAUGCAAAUAAAGCUGCAAAGAUGGUUUGCGUCGAAUAUGUGAACGUAUGUCAACCAAUAACAGAUGUAACAAAAGCAAAAACGGAUAAAAAUAGAUUACACAUAUACAAAAGUAUUAGUGCGCAAAGCACAGGCACCGACAUUACUAAAAUAAUAAGAGGCAGUAGUACCAUUCGAGGACAGUAUCAUUUUAUAAUGGAGACAUUUGUCUGCGUAACGCGUCCAUCAGAAGAUGGCUUUGAAGUAUAUACCACAUCACAGUGGAUUGAUUCUGUACAAAUGAUGAUAUCCAGAGCUUUGAAUAUUGAAGAAAAUCGAAUAUACGUGCAAGUGCGAAGGCUAGGUGGUGGAUAUGGAAUGAAAAUAUCCAGAAAUACACAAGUUGCAGUAGCGUGCUGUCUGGUGUCUCAAAAAUUAAAUAAGCCUUGCCGUUUUAUAACAUCUUUAUCAGUUAACACUAGAGCAUUUGGAAAAAGAUUUCCAAAUAAUGCAGAACAUGAGGUAGCAGUAAAUAGUAAAGGCAUUGUUCAAUACCUAAACUUGAACUUAUAUGAAGAUAAUGGAUAUAUGAUAAAUGAAAGACUACCUGCUUUGGCUGUUUCAAAUUUUAGCAAUUGCUACGAUGGUUCUCGUUGGAAUUAUAAUAUUUAUAAUGUAACAACUGAUACAGCCAAGAAUACAUUUUGUAGAGCACCAGGCACAUUGGAAAGUUCUUCGAUGGCUGAAUUAAUUAUGGAUCGCAUAUCAUACGAAAUCGAUUUAGAUCCAAUUCAAAUUCGUUUAGUCAAUUUAGAUCCAUUGACAGGAAUAAAUAUUACUAAUAUGUUGAAUAAGUUAAAAAAGAAUUCGAACUACGACAACAGAAAAAACGUAGUAUUAAAAUUCAACAAUGAAAAUAGAUGGAAGAAAAGGGGGCUGCGGGUAUCUUUUUUGCGUUGGUCUAACGAAACUACACCUUAUUUCGAUGUCAAUAUAUCAGUGUACCAUGGGGAUGGGUCAGUUACUAUCUCGAUGGGUGGAACAGAAAUGGGACAAGGAAUACAUACAAAAUCUGCACAAAUAUGUGCUCAUAUAUUAAAUAUACCUAUAAGUAAAGUCAACGUGGGGACUACAAAUACUGUCAGGGCACCUAAUGGUGCUGUAACUGGAGGCAGUGUCACAACUCUACAAACAGGUAUUGCUGUCAAGAGAUGUUGUGAAGAAUUGUUAAAAAGAUUACUUCCAGUUCGAAAGUUAUUACCCGAUGAACCUUGGGAAAAUAUUAUACAAAAAGCUUUUGACAUGAAGAUAGACUUACAAGUACAUGGAUAUGUUGCAAAUGAAAAGGCCACCACUUGUUUUGUAUAUGGUGUUGCGUUGUCUGAAGUAGAAGUAGAUAUAUUGACCGGCGAAUAUCAAAUUCUUCGUGUGGACAUAUUACAAGAUGUAGGACAGAGUAUCAACCCUGAACUUGAUGUUGGUCAAGUAGAAGGAGCAUUCGUAAUGGGUUUGGGUUACUGGACAUCGGAAAAUUUAGUUUACGAUCAAAUUACAGGAGAGUUACUGACAGACAGGUCCUGGAAUUACUAUGUUCCUCAAGCAAGAGAUAUUCCACAAGACUUCCGUAUAUAUUUUACUGAUGAUACAUAUAGUGAUCCUCUUAUUUUUGGCGCAAAAGCUGUUGGAGAACCACCUCUUUGCUUGGCUGUUUCUGCAGCCCUUGCAAUCAGAGAAGCUACAACAUCAGCACGAGCUGAAUCUAAAGCUACGCGGUGCACAUGGUUCGAAAUAGAUGGGGCAUAUACUGUUGACAAAGUUUGUUUGGCUGCAAAUACCAAAAUUUCAGAUUUUGUCUUCUAUUGAUAUUGCCUUAGGUACCUGCUUUACUCAAGUUUGUUAACUAAUAACAGUUUAAUGCUUUAUAUAAAAUAAUAAUAAAAUGAAAAUUAAGGAAAUUCAAAAAUUAUCCUGUAUUUCAUUAUAAAAAUUACAAAGGCAUUCUGUGAUAGCUAAAUUGCAGAAUGGGAUAUUUAACCUUCCUUGUUCCCUAUUGAUCUAAUUUCAACGUCAUCUAUUUUUUUCUGUAUUUCCUCAAUUUCUUUUAACUGUCUUUCUUUAUCUUCUGCCCAAUCGUCUCGUUUUUCUCUUCUGAACUCCAAUAAAUGAAAAGAAUUAUCAACUAUUUUCUUGUUAGAAGUACUUUUUGUUGACUCUUUUUCUUCAAAUCCCUUCUUUGCAAUAUCUUUUACGGUAGUAUUAGUAUCCUGUUUAAAAGAAUUUACCAGAUGAUUAAAGGUCCACUUGCAGCAAACUUGCUAAAAGCAGAUUCAAGUAAAACCAGAUUUUACCCAUAGAAAAAUUACAAAACGUCAAUAUCCAUUUCACAUCAUUGUAAUCUAAUUUUCUAGAAUUCAGUUCUUAAUAUAGAAGGCAUCUCUUUAUUUAAAAUUAGUAGCUAUAUCAUAAUGUGAAUUAAUAAUAUGUUAUGAAAGUUAAUAUAAGACAAGUUUUCAAGUUUUGAUGAUUUUUUUCAAUUGACGACACUUUACGAAACAAAUCACGAAGAAAAAAAUAGCCCUUGCUGAGUUUCUUGCCAGUUCUUCUCAUUACGAGGUCUCUCGCCGUAGAUUUACGAGCCGAUGAGGACAUAGCGAUUGACUUUCAGAAGAGCUUGUAACUGACUAGAUUGAAUAAAUGUGUUUGGAUUUGAAUUUAGUUGAAUCGAAAUUUAGCAAUUUGCUGCAAGUGUACCUAAAGCAUAGAAAUCAUGCUAUGACGUUUGAGCGUGCACUCUCUUAGAGCCUGCGCUGCGUUAAGCUGGAGCACGGAGCGGCGUCCACUCUGUUUGUUUAUUUCGUGUUAUUUCAUAGAGCAUAUCAUAUGUAAUUACAUGAAAAUUGCACGCGGCUCGGAUAUCCGCUCAGCAAUUAUUUUUAACCAAAAUAUUUCCAAAAUAGUAUUAACCAAAAAGUAUUAGUGGCGUGUUCGCAAGGUGUAUUUGACAUUUUGGUUUUAGAUUCAGUAUCGUACAGGUAACGAAGAUAUCAACAAGGUAACCAGUUUGAUGUUUGUAUAGUGGUACGCACGCUAUUCAUAGCAAUAUAUUAUAUUUGCCCCUUUUUUGUUUUAUAAUAUGUAAAAAUAAGAUAACUAUAUGAUUCGAUUUUACGAGUUAAAUUUAAACUCUUUCUUUGUUUUUUAGUUUUAGACCUAUACAAACAUGUCAAAUCGUCGAUGUCAAUUUGACAUUCUCGCAGGGUUAAAACAUUUUUUUAGUUAAAUCGAGAUUAAGCUAAAAUUUCUGCAUGUGGUCCUUACCCCAUAAAAGAAUGUCAAGUUGGCAGGUUUUGAUUAUAUGUAGAUUAACGGCCUGCGUUAAGAGGUCCGAUCUGUGCUCAGUUGCGGGACCCGUUCUGCCCGUUGCGGGACUUGCGAAGGACUCCCGCUUUAAAUAGGGCCUCCUGUACAAUUUCGACGGCGCGGGUCAACAGUCGAUAAUGGAUUAUUUUGAUUGAUAACACGACCUAGCUAGACUUCAUUCCAGAUAACAUUAAAAAAAAGAAACUGAAAAAGAAGCAGGGUUUCGAAACCUUUUCAUGUCAUAUAUAAUGAUGAAAUAUGAUAAUCAUAUUAAAUUUGAUAAUACCUAUAUUGUGUAUUACCAGAUACCCUGAAGUGUAAUAUUAUUUAUUAAUUAUUAUCAUCAGUUGAAAAUUUGUACCUAAAAAAAAUCUUUUUUUAAAUAUAUACAUAUAAAUAACCUUUUUUUACUUAAUAAAUGGAAGAUGAUGAAGACAAGGCCAAUCGAGCGUGCCUCGUCACCAGCGGGGCGGGCUACGCCACCCGCCUCGUGUAUGACGGGAGAAGCUCAAUUUUAUUGGCUGUGUUCUUUGCUCUUUAUCUAAACAACUGUUCGCCCGCGCGAAUCAAAUUGCACUGGCGAUGUUGCGAGAGGUGGGAGUACGUCGCGGGUUGAAUUUGUCCGCGACGGAGCACGGAGCAGGUCUCCGCGACGGACGUCCACUGCAUGCUUCCGCUUAUGGCCACGGUGGCUCUUAAGGAUACGUAUUUUGCUGAUUUAAAUGUCUUUGAUGUUCUUGUAGGUAACCGCUCAAUGGCUGGCUCAAUUUCGAAACAGGCAAAUACGGAGCAUUAUAUUUAAAAAUAGGAAUUUUGUUUGGAUAGAUCGAAUCUUCUAUCAUACUCGUACUUAUAACAAUAAAUAUAUUUAAAAUCAUUUACUCACAGUGGAUGACUGUAUUGAUUUAU